GAUCAUCACGUGGUAAGUUUACGAAACUAUUUGCUGUUAACCUUCGUAGACAGAAACAUGUAGUGGAUUUCUGCUCGACAAGACAACUGAUUCUACAUUACAGACAUAAUGAGAUUUGUAAUAGGUGGAGGUUCAGGGUUUGUUGGUCGUGAGCUGACUCGUUUGUUGAAAAGCAAAGGUCAUGAAAUAACAAUCAUAUCCAGGCAGCCUGGUCCGGGAAAAAUAACAUGGGCUGACGUAGCGUCUGGAGGUUUACCGCCAUGCGAGGGUGCUGUUAAUCUAGCAGGGGAGAAUAUCAUGAACCCCUUGCGAUGGUGGAAUGAGAGUUAUAAGAAGGAUCUGUUAUCCAGCCGUGUAGAUACGACCAGAAUGCUUGCCCAGGCUAUUGCUGCCUCACCUACUCCACCACAUUCAUGGGUGCUUGUCACAGGAGUUGCAUGCUAUAAACCUAGUUUUCAAACCCAAUACACUGAGGAAAGUGACUGGAUGCCGUUUGACUUCCUGUCUCAUCUGGUACAGGAGUGGGAGCAGGCAGGGCAACUUCCUGAAAAUAGUGUUAAGAAAACAAGACAAGUGAUCAUAAGACCAGGUGCUGUUUUAGGGCGUGAUGGUGGUGCCAUGAAACAGAUGAUGAUCCCAUUCUGGCUUGGCCUCGGAGGGACUCUUGGAUCAGGACGGCAACCCUUCCCCUGGAUUCAUGUCUCAGACCUCGCUGGAAUCAUUGCCCAUGCACUAGAGCCCCAUGAAGAACCACCAUCCACAAAGCCAGAUAUAUUUAACGGGGUUGCGCCUGUGAUGAAUACAAAUUAUGAGUUCACUAAGGAGUUGGGCAGGGCUCUGAAAAGGCCUACUGUCUUCCCUGUGCCUGGCUUUUUCUUAGAUGCCUUCCUGGGUUCUGAGAGAGCUGUUAUCCUCACGCAAGGACAGAAAGUGGUACCCAAAAGAACUCUUGAAUCAGGCUUUGACUUCAAAUACCCAGAUCUUACCUCUGCUUUGAAAGAAAUUAUUGGAGAUUAGUGAUCCAUCAAAACACGG